AAUCUGACAGUUACUAUUCUUUCUUCGAAACUGCAAAAUUUUAGUGAGUUUAAUUCGUAAAAAUGUCUACUUGCCGCAGCCAAAUAUGCAAUCCCAAGUUGGGAUUAGAUGACUGGAUCGACCCAAAAGUGACUCUUAGUAUUCGCCAAGAAAUGCAGAAAAUGAUAUUGGACAACGAGACCCUUAAAGUAAUUUCUGCCCUGCUUUUGGAUAAUAUCGAACGGGGCUUGAAAAAGGAUACUCAUCCGAAAUCUAUUGUGAAAUGUUUCCCUACAUACGUGCAGGAUUUACCCGAUGGAACGGAAAAGGGAAAGUUCCUCGCGCUUGACCUGGGUGGCACAAAUUUUCGGGUACUAUUGGUCGAAUUGGACGGAACCAACUGCAACAUAGAGUCGAAGAUAUUUGCAGUUCCUUUGGAUAUUAUGACGGGACCAGGAGAGAGGUUAUUUGACCACAUUGCCGAGUGUCUAGCACAAUUUGCCUUUGAACAAGGUGUCAUGGAUAUUCGCCUGCCACUUGGAUUCACUUGGAGCUUCCCACUUAUUCAAAAGGGACUGACUGUUGGCAUCGCGGAGAGAUGGACAAAGGGCUUUAGUUGCUCUGGAGUCAUUGGAAAUGACGUUGUUCAGCUACUCAACGAAGCGAUUGCUAGACGAGGAGACAUCAAAAUUGAUGUCUGCGCUAUUCUCAAUGAUACUACUGGUACUUUAAUGUCAUGCGCGUACAGAAACCCAGAUACCAGAGUCGGGUUGAUUUUGGGAACGGGUACCAAUGGUUGCUACGUUGAGAAGCAGAAAAAUGCUGAAAUGUUCGAUGAACCUGAUAUGGGUUCAGGCAAUGUUAUCAUAAACAUGGAAAUGGGUGCAUUUGGGGAUGACGGAUGUUUAGAUUUUAUAAGAACCGACAUAGAUCUGGCGGUAGACGCGCAAUGCAUAAAUGCUGGCAGACAAUUGCACGAGAAAUUGAUAUCGGGGAUGUACCUUGGAGAAAUGGUCAGAUACUACAUAUUAAAGUUCAUAAACAGAGGACUUUUAUUCGGCGGCAAGGGUGCCGAUCUAUUCUCGAAACAGGAGUCUUUUUCUACUAAGGAAAUGACGCAAGUCGAAAUGGAUUCUCCUGGUAGUUACAAAAUCAUUAGGGAAAUUCUAACAAAGAUAGGUUUGACCGAUGUUUCUGAUGAAGACUGUAUCAAUGUAAGAUUUAUUUGCGAAUGUGUCUCCAGAAGGGCAGCGCAUCUGGCAGCAGUUGUGCUGGUGACUGUUAUGCACAAAAUGGGCGAAAAAAGAGUAGUCGUAGGUAUAGAUGGAUCGGUGUACAAGUACCAUCCCCAUGUCAGACGAUACAUGAUUCAAAAAAUUAGAGAAUUACUUGAUCCGAGUAUAAAGUUUGACCUAAUGUUGUCGGAGGAUGGAAGCGGCAUUGGCGCUGCUUUGGUUGCAGCGGUCGCAGCAAGAAAAAGACGAGAAAUGCAAUAGGAUCUUUGAGCCGUUCUAUUUGAAUAAAUAAAUUCAUAUAUUCAUAUGAAUAUG